AUGGCGAGCGGCGACGAUGCCGUGCCCGCCUCGCGCGACCUGCCCCUCCGCGGCGCCAGCAACCCGGACGUCGAGUCCUUCGACAUCGUGGCCACCUACCACCGCCUCCUGGCCGAGGACCCGGACCUCACCAUGCCCAUGGCCGCCAUCGAGGCCCUGAUCGCCUUCCUGGGCCACAGCAAGGUCACCACCGUCUACGAGACUAUCGAUCUCGUCAAGACGCAGAGCGCCAAGCUGCAGGCCGCCGUCACCAACCCCAUCGCCCUGUCCCACGGCACCGACCUGUUCCAGCAGUACCUGGUCAACUCGCUUAAGCAGCCGACCUCGACCUCGACCUCGUCCUCGUCCACGGCCGCGGCCACGGCGGCGACGGACCCCCACGAGAGCUUCGAGGACGUCCGCCAGCACCUGCUCAAGAACGGCCGCCUGUUCGCCACGCGCGCCAAGAACGGCCGCGAGCGCAUCGCCGUCAACGCCCGCAAGCACAUCUACGACGGCACCACGGUGCUGGCCCACGGCGGCAGCCGCGUCGUCGGCACGCUGCUGGGCCGCGCCGCCGAGCGCCACGACUACGGCCACUACGUCGACGAGCCGAUCCGGUUCCGCGUCGUCUACGCCGUCGACGCCGCGCUCGACGGCGAUAGCAGCAACCGCGUCAUCGCCGCCCUGCGCGCCAAGGGCGUCCCCGUCGCCGCCGUGCCCCUGGCCGCCGCCGCCUACGCCAUGGAGAAGGUCGACAUGGUGGUCGUGGGCGCCGAGGCCGUGACGGCCAACGGCGGCGUCGUCUCGCGCCUCGGCACCUUCCAGCUCGCCCAGCUGGCCAAGGCCAACCGCAAGCCCUUCUUCGUCGCCGCCGAGCAGCACAAGUUCGGCAAGACCUUCCCCCUCAACCAGUUCGACUUUGGCUUCGACCAGAACCUCCUCGACUUCCACGCCAGCAAGAAGGAGGAGGGCGGAGCAGCCGCCGCCGCCAAGCCCCGCCCUCAGCCCAUGGCCAACCCGAUUGAUUAUACCCCGCCUGAGUACAUCGAGUCCUUCUUUGCGGACCACAAGGUUCUCACGCCGGCCGAGGUGGCCAAGGAGGUGAUUGAUAUGCUCAUGUAG